GCUGAUAUCGCGGGAGUUGAUUGAUUUUGCGUUCAAGGAAACAAUUCUAGAUAUUCAUAAGAGGGUAUCGUUCACGGUGAUGUCGACAUGUCGGUGUUGUCGCGGAGCUCGAGCUUGGGAGGAUACGUGCAACGUUAACGUUGACAGCUGCCUUGUCGUAAUGGGUGGAAAUAUAUAUAAGCGACAAGCCGAUAUCGGGCUGAAAACCGCACCGACGAGAAACCGCUCCAUGACCGUCAACGUGCUCUUAUAAGAGAACUCGACCACUCGAAGACGAUGAGAGUAACUGUACGGCUCCCAUCAUGGCUGCCCCAUGCAAAGCAGCGGCUGUCGACCUCGAAGAAAAGGCACAGUUAAGCCAAGAGACCGCUAUCGAUAUCGUCAAACCGCAUUCCGUAUUCAGCGAUCGUGCAAAGAAAGCAAUCAUCUUCACAGCCUCCAUGGGCGCAUUCUUCUCGCCGUUGUCAGCAAACAUAUACAUGCCAGCUCUGACGACCAUCGCAAAUGAUCUGAACAUCAGUAACAGUCAAAUCAACCUGACCGUAACGACCUACCUCAUCUUCCAGGGUAUUGCACCUUCGUUCAUCGGUAACUUUUCGGACACUACUGGAAGGAGGCCUGCCUAUAUCGUUUGUUUUACAAUCUACAUUAUCGCCAACAUCGCACUUGCGCUCAACAAUUCUUAUGCCGGUCUACUUGCCCUGCGCUGCUUACAGUCUUCCGGAUCGUCUGGUACUGUAGCUCUGGCCACUGCCGUCGUGGCCGACGUUUUGACGUCUUCCGAGAGAGGAACGUACGUGGGCUACGCAAGCAUGCCAUCUAUCCUCGGACCAGCUCUCAGUCCCAUUCUCGGAGGCGUGAUCAGCGCCAAGCUCGGCUGGCACUGGAUCUUUUGGUUUUUGCUCAUUUUCACUGCGGCCUAUCUCGUCCCGUUCUUGAUGUUCUUCCCUGAGACGUGUAGGAAGGUCGUGGAUGAUGGGAGUGUGUUGCCGCCACCAUCGAGCUGGAGCUUGCUGAACGUCAUGGAACAGCGGAAAGCGAGAAGGGAGAGUACGAACGCGGCCGUGCUGAAAGCUCGGAUCCGAAAGCCGAGUUUGCCCAAUCCAUUGGCCACGCUUGUUAUUGUCACAGAUAAAGAAGCGGCACUUCUUCUCAUCUCAAACGGACUACUUUACGCAUGCUAUUCCGCCAUUAACGUCAGCACAACAAGCCAGUUUGAGAAAAUUUACGGAUUUAACAGCAUACAAAUCUCUCUCAUGUACCUCCCCAUCUGCGGCGGCUCCAUCCUUUCAGUCAUUACUACUGGCCGAUUUCUGAACUGGAACUACAGAAGACACGCCCAACGCUUGGGAAUUACAAUUGAUCACAAGCGCCAGCAAGACUUGACAAACUUUCCUAUCGAGCGGGCACGCUUGGAGGUGGCCAUGCCUGUUCUCUAUCUUGCUGCGGUGACCAUUAUCGCCUACGGCUGGGUCAUGAGUGCGCAUGUCAACAUUGCCGGUCCGUGCAUUCUUCUCUUCCUCAUCGGUUACGCUCUCAUCGCCGGGAACAACUGUACGAGUAUCCUCAUGGUGGAUUAUUAUCGCCAUAAACCAGCAACGGCUACGGCGGCUAAUAACCUGGUGAGAUGUUUGAUGGGGGCAGCAGCCACGGCGGUCAUCAACCCCAUGAUUGAAGCGAUGGGUAUUGGAUGGGCAAUCACCAUGAUCGGAUUACUCUGGAUUGCAGUCACACCGCUGUUGUGGAUGUUGAUGAGGUGGGGUCCGAGAUGGCGGGAGGAGAAGACGGAGAAGCCGAGGCGUAGGAACGACAGCGAAGGGGAAGACAAGAAAUGAUAUGUGAGCUGCAUUGCAAUAACUGAACAUGACGACGAGAACUGACAAAUGCACGACAAGCAAGCGCUACAAUGGUGGCGGUAGCUGCGUCACCGUUACGUCUAUUUCUGUGUACGCUGCACCUCGUAAGUCGC